AUGGACGCGCCCUCGACGAUCCACUGCGACUGCCCCGUCGGCUCCUCGGAGCUCAAGCUCCAUGGCGCCAACUGCUCCCUUGCGCUCCUCAAGUGCCCGUGGCAGUGGCGUGAGCCCUUCCUCGACGAGCGCCGGGCCAAAUUGAAGCGCAAGGUGGGCGACGGCUACCUCUGCGACCCCGUCGACCCCGCGUUUGUAGACCAGCUACUACCUGGCUCCGUCACCAAGCUCUUCCGCGUCAUGGAGCAGGACGAGCAGUCACAGAUUCAGAUCGAAAUCCAACGGCUGAACGAGGCCAAAGCGUCGGCCCGCGACCGCACCUCGAAAUGGGACCACGACGAUGGCGAUGUGGGCACACGAAAGGCCUUACCCGCCGGGUCGGAGUCGCCCAUCACGGUCGCCGCGCCCGUCUGCAGCGGCGAAGAACUGGCCUACCUCGAUAGCAUCCUCCUCUCCAACGAAGCGCCGAAUGCCGUCUCGUCGCCGUCGGCGAUCACCGACACGGAGGCCAUCUCGCGCAGUACGCUCGAGGAGCCUCUCUUGCAGCUUCUCUCAGACCGCUACGAGACGUACCUCAACUAUGACGAAGAGGAGCUCAACUUUGCCGAGAACGACCUCCAGCCGACCCGUCAGCCGACUCGCGUCACGGCGUGA